AUGAGCACGACGACGGAUGGCACACAACCACGAGUGUCGGUACAAGAGCGUGAAGUCCACCGAUACUAUCAGCCAUGGCUCAAGGCACAGGGCUCCUCCCUCAAUGUCGCCUCUCAUGUGGAGAGCAUUGGCCAGCGCGAGCUGUCCUCACGGGGAUAUCAACCGCGGUCUGCCCCGGAUAAGGCUCUGCUUGCUUUCGCGCAGCUGGCCGUGGCACGCCUCGACGUCAAGCGUGCCAUGGUAUCCCUGAUCGAUCCAAAACAUCAGAUGAUCCUCGCUGAGGCCACUCGCUCAUUAUCGCUCACAGCCAGUGGCGGAUUGUGGCUGGGCACCACCGUGCUUUCUCGGCCUUCAGCAGUAUGUGAACACUGCUUCACGAACAAGGCUACGGCGACGAACGAGGAUGGCGAGACGCUGACUUGUAGAGGACUCAUCGUCGAGGAUUGCCGCCUGGACGAGCGGUUCAAGGACAGGGAGUAUGUCGUACAGGAGCCCGGCGUCCGCUUCUAUGCCGGAGUACCCAUCAUCUCGCAGUCUGGCUGUGCAAUCGGCGCCUAUGCCGUGUCGGACGAGAAGCCUCGUUCCAAUGGCCUCAGCGUAGAAGAGCUUGCCUUCAUGCAGGAGACAGCGGCUGCAGUGAUGGAACAUCUCGAGUGGGCUCGCGAUCGUGUAGAUAGGUUCAAGGGCGAGAGAGUCGUGCGCGGAAUGGCUUCGUUCAUCGAAGGCUGCUCGUCCAUGGACAAAGGGGACGAGCGAACGGCCACAGAUCGUGUCCCUGUAUCAUCCCAACCACCGAAGGAAGCUGGGUCACACACGACGAGACCACAGAUGACCUCGCGCGUCUCUUACCGACGUCAAGCAUUCAUCACGACGCAAGGUCGUCGUUCAGGCUCGCAACCACGAAAAGCAGAUGGUGUGACUCGUGUAUUCCACAGAGCCACUGAGAUACUUCGCGAAUCAACAUUCGCUGAUGGGGCUGUGAUCCUGGGUGCUUCUCCUGGUGCUUCAAAGAUGCGUUCAUCCGGACAUCCUCGCAGCUCGUCUCAAUCAUCCGAUCCUACGCCCGUGUCAUCUGGACCAUCACCCGGGUCUGACUCAGUUUCACACGACACUUCCGACUCUGAUGUAAGUCCGGCGUCGAAGCCAUGCAGGGUCUUCGCUACCGCAGUCUCCAACGAUGAGAGCGGUCGCGAGAUACUGAAGGACACCUCAAUCACGGUCGGCACUUUGGAGCGAUACUUCCAACUGCAUCCACGGGGCAAGAAGUUUUACUUCGGUGAAGAAGGGUCGGACUUUACAUCUGGGGAAGAUGUAGCCAGUACUAGUCUCGAUACAGAAUCUCGAAGGCUACGUCGAAACCGCACGCUUGACCAUCGCGAGCUGCUCGCCAAGCUGCCGGAGAUGAAGACGCUUAUCUUCCUCCCGCUUUACGACUACGCUGAGGACAGAUUGAUGGCCGGCUGCUUCUUGUGGAGCUCGAACACCGGGCAAAUGAUGAGCUACGAUGAGGAUUUGUCGUAUCUGCGAGCCUUCGCCGCCAGCAUAAUGUCCGAGGUUGCGCGCAUCAACACGCAGCAGAAUGAGGCUGCGAAAACAACUUUCAUAGCAUCGAUCUCACACGAGUUACGAAGUCCUCUCCAUGGCAUAUUGGGCUCUACGGAACUUCUUCGAGAGACGGCACAGGAUUCGUUUCAAGCCAGUCUGCUGACCUCGAUCUCCACAUGCGGCAAAACACUCUUGGACACUCUGAAUCAUGUCCUAGACUAUGCCAAGAUCAACAAACUAAGUGGUCGAACGAGGCCGAAGCGAUCCGCGAAACACAACAAGUCACCGCAUGCUUCCUCAUCGGACUCCGCUUUGGAGAGCAUGAGCAUCACCGGAGAGGUGGAUCUCGGCGUCCUAGUGGAAGAGGUUACGGACGCGAUAUGCUCUGGCCAUGCCUUCAAAAGAGUGCUGGACAUCCCCUCCAAGAGCAUGUCAGUAUCGGCGUUUAGCAACCCGGCCACUUUUGCCAACGAUACUUCACACCGUCGACAGCAGAUCUCGGAGCUCGAUACCGACCUGGCGGUCUCCGUUCUUCUCGACAUUGCACCCAGGCAAUCUUGGCUUGUGAGAACACAGCCUGGUGCCUUGCGUCGAAUUAUCAUGAACUGUCUCGGAAAUGCCCUUAAAUACACUCCACGUGGGUUCAUUGCCAUCUCCUUGCGAGCACAAGAAGGUUUCCGCGAUGGCAAGAUGGAUACGCUCAUCCGGGUUGUUGACUCCGGCAAAGGAAUGUCAGAAGAUUUCCUGCGUGACAAGCUCUUCCUUCCUUUCACGCAAGAAGACCCAUACCAAGCAGGGACCGGAUUGGGCUUGAGCAUUGUCAAAACAAUCGUUGACAGUCUCGGAGGCUCGAUCGAAGUGAAAUCUCAACAAGGCAUCGGCACCGAAAUCACCGUCCGCGUCAGCUUGACACCUGCUCAUGCGACGCCAAUCGCUGCCCCAGAUGAAGAGGUGAUGGCGGUAGCAGAGCAGACCAAGGGAAUGAACAUGGUGAUUCUGGAUCCAUUCUCUUCUAAGAGCGAGAUGUCCUUGUCUGGCCGCAUCUCGAGACUUGAAGAGACCCUUCGUGCGGUUUGUGCCUCCUGGUUCGACAUGAAGGUUUCUAGAUCAUCGGCAAUAGACAGCAGCGAUGCGGACUUCUACAUAUUCGCCGAGCCGCCGCCGGUCGAAAAACUCAUCGCCAAUCACCACGAGCGAGCUUUGAAACCGCGGCCGCAUCGAAACGUUCCAGUGAUAAUUAUAUGUCUCAACGCUGAGGAGGCCGUGCAGGUGUCCAGGCAUCAAGGGCAAGCUUUGCAUGAGCUGGGAUGCCACACCGAAGUGAUCUCGCAGCCAUGUGGGCCAAGAAAGCUCGCAAAGGUACUGAAGUACUGUCUACAGAAGAAGCAAGAAGCAGAGGAGGAUUCCUACGAGGCCACACCACAGGAUGAGAAGGCUGACGACUCCGCUGAGCAUCCUCCGGGAAGGUUACCUGAGUCACAGCCGUCGAACGAUAAUGAUACGCAGGCUCCUGCAAGGACGAACGAGAGCGCACGAGCGCCUCUUCCGCAUCGGUACAAGUCCUUGACAAAGUCUUUGAGCUCUGCGGUUGCCUUCCCGUCUCCGACACCACUCGACCCUACAACGCCUGGCAUGGAAUCAGGCCCUUCUGAGACAGUGCAGAGUGACGGGGUCAUCUCCGAUGACUCGCACGUACUCCUGGUAGAUGACAACUCGAUCAACCUACAGCUUCUUGUCAUGUUCAUGAAGAAGCUGCAGUUCAGCUAUACCGAGGCCGAGAACGGGCAAGAAGCACUGGACCAUUUCAGGGAAGCGUGUCUUCCUGGACCGCACUCCCCUGCCCCCGGACGACGAUUUGAUGUCAUAUUAAUGGAUAUCUCCAUGCCGGUGAUGGAUGGAAUGGAGGCUACGAAACGCAUUCGAGAGUUUGAGGCUGACAAUGGCCUGGAGAAGACGCUGAUCAUCGCAUUGACUGGUUUGGCCAGCGCUCAAGCCCAAGAGCAGGCGAUGGCUGCUGGGAUUGAUGUCUUCCUACCAAAGCCAGUCAAGUUUGCAGAACUCAGGAAGCUGCUCGUUUCAGGGAGUUGA